AUGGAUGAGUUACUUUCUAGAGCAGGCAGCCAGGCAGUUUCAUUUGCUAUCAAGUCCAGUGUUUCACUUGCAUCUACUUAUGCAAUAAAACAAUUCACAAAGUUUCUGACCAACGUUCCUCAAAAAGAUGCUAACAGGCUUGAAAAGUUACGAAGGCAGUUGGAAACGCGCAUUGAUAUUAUUAAUAAUGCUAUUGGUUUAAUCAAGCUUUGUGUUGUUAGAGGGAAUACAAAUCUGGGUUCCACCUUGUCUUUGAUUCUAGACUUGAAGGAUGAGUUAAAUGGAUUCAACAUUGAAAUGGACCAGCUUGCAUUAGAUUCCGCAGGCGUUAAUUUUAUAGGGUUGAAAGAGAAUGGAGGGAAAAAGAGUGCAGUAGCAUUGAUGGAGGCAAGAAUGAAUGAGCUCAUCCAUCGCAUUGAGUUAGUCAUCCCCCUGAUUAAUCUAUCUAUGACAACAUCUGGAGUCAGUUCUUCAAUGAAACUUCCCAAUAAUGUAUCACCUAGUUUACUACUGCAGGCAUCCAACAUGGUAAUUAAAUCGAACGAAAAUGCUGCUGCUACUCAAUAUGAACACGAUAUCCAAGUGGGGCCUUUAUUUGAAGUGACGUCUUUCAAUGUAUUUGAUAAGUCAUCCAAAAUAAUUUGGAAGGAACAUAUCACUCGGUGUGAUUUAAGAAUUGUUAGAUAUGCUGCUCACAACAAGGAUAAUAUUGAUUACAAUUACUACAUUGAAUUGAGGGAGAAUUUUAAUGAUGGUCGAUACCAUGACUUGAAAGAAGAUCAACCAAAAAAAUCGCGUUAUCAAAUACAUCAAAUAGUUCGUCUAUUUUUCACUGUGUCUGGAAAACUAUUGAACCUAGAGGAACGUGACUCUCCGGUCCUUGUGUUGAAACUCGACAAAAACUUAAAAAGGGACGGCAAUUCUUCAUCUACGGAAGAUAUUGAGUGGAUUGCCUUUGGAGAAUACGAAGAAGUCGUUGAUGACUCAGAGAGUGAGGCUGGCGAAGAAGAGGCAGAAGAAGAACAAAAAAAGAGGGUACUAAGGAAAUUGACGAAGGAAAGGAUGCGAAUGAAGGUUGCGACGAAGAAGAAGUUUACGAUAGUGCCCAAGAGGACGAAUCGCACGGAGAGUUAA